UUACUUUUCCGUGCCGAUAUGUUUCUUCCUGGUUCCAUUAAAUAGUCAACUCUCCUUUAAUUUGGAUAUCAGAGUGGAGCAACUUUUGCCAAAGCGAAUGAUUAAAAAUAGCUGUCUAUCGAAGCUGACUGCGUGUGAGGGAGAAGCGUCCAAAUACAAAAUAAGUAGGCAUUUUGUCGGAAGCAGAUUUGUGAUUACAUCCUCGCCACCCACCACGCCCACCCUCCCACAUAUUUGAGGAACCCCCCCCCCCCUGCCCGCGUCUCGCAAGGCGCUUGAGAAGAAACUGCGAACCGAGCCGUGUUUUUUCUAUGGCUCUGCUGACCCUGCACCGUCCCCCGUCCAUCUCCACGGCUCCGGAUGAAAGCAUUCCAAGAAGAGGGAGACUUCAGAAAAGGGAGAGCUUUGCUCUGGUCAAGGGGGCCGUCCUUCUCUUGGAAGGAGAGAGGGAGGAGCCUCAUGAAGAGACAUCACCCAAUCACUUUCCUUCACCCCUGAAGCAGGGGGGCGGAGCUUCAGACACACAGCACAGACAUCUGCAUGCCAUGGUGUCAUUACUGAGACCAGAGGACACUAUCAAACUGGCGGUGAGGUUGGAGUCAGUGAGUCCAGUCAGAGUGAGGUAUCUGAUCGUGGUCUCCACCCUCGGUAACAAACAGGAGAGCAUUCUCCUGGGCAUGGACUUCCCCGACACAGACAGUGAUCAGUGUACUAUCGGUAUGGUUGUGCCCAUAUGGAGUGCCACACAAGUGUACCUGGACGGAGAUGGUGGGUUCAGUGUCACGUCAGCAGAAGAGACAAGAAUCUUCAAGCCUGUUUCCAUCCAGACCAUGUGGUCUGUGCUGCAGGCGCUGCAUGGCUGCUGUGAGCGGGCGGUGAAGGGUGCAGUGAUUCCAGGCUGUGGGCUGGACUGGGCCCAACACUACUAUGGGCAUGUGGAGUCUAACCGCCUCUGUCUAAACGAGUGGGGCGCUAUGACAGGCCUGGAGUCAAUCAGGAGGGACAGCGCCGGACAGAGCUCGACGGAGAGGGUGUCUGUGGAGAGGCAGAUCAAAGAGGAACUCCGAGACAUCAUGAGAACAGAGGACCUGGAGAACAUCACCUCCAAACAGGUCCGCAGUGCCCUGGAGGCCAGGAUAGGCAUGGAUAUGAAGAAUUACAAGGAAUACAUCGACAAUGAAAUGAUGGUCACCAUGGCGCAGAUGGACAAGCCCUCCAAAAUAUUUGACUAUUUGUUCCUGGGGUCUGAGUGGAAUGCUGCCAACUUUGAGGAGCUACAGAAAAACAAUGUGGGAUACAUCCUGAACAUUACGCGGGAGAUCGAUAACUUCUUCCCAGAGUCCUUCAGCUACAUGAACAUCAGGGUGUACGACGUGGAGGCUACAGACCUGCUGUCCCACUGGAAAGACACAUACACCUUCAUCAACACAGCCAGGCAGAGUGGCAAGGCGGUGCUGGUGCAUUGUAAGAUGGGCGUGUCUCGCUCUGGGUCCACAGUGGUGGCCUACGCCAUGAAGCAGCAGCGCUGGCCCCUGGAGGUGGCUCUGUCCUACGUCAGGGACCGCAGGCCCAUCGUCCAGCCCAACGUCGGCUUCAUGAAGCAACUCCACACCUACAGCGGCAUCCUUAACGCCAGUCAGCAGCGCCACAGCGCUCUCUGGAGGCGGAUGUCGCGAGAGAAGAGAAAGAGGUCUGCUGCUUCACACAGCAACGAAGAAGAAGAGGAGGAGGAGGAGGAGAGUGACGAGGAGGAUGAAGAAGAGACGGAGAGUCCGGAUGAAGUUGAUGAGGCAGAUAAAGAGGUAUUUGAAGAGCCUGCCCCCAAGGUUGAGACUGACGCAGAAGCUUCACUCACGGAACUGGCCUCCCCACUCACGGAACUGGCCUCCCCACUCACGGAACUGGCCUCCCCACUCACGGAACUGGCCUCCCCACUCACGGAACUGGCCUCCCCACUCACGGAACUGGCCUCCCCACUCACGGAACUGGCCUCCCCACUCACGGAACUGGCCUCCCCACUCACGGAACUGGCCUCCCCACUCACGGAACUGGCCUCCCCACUCACGGAACUGGCCUCCCCACUCACGGAACUGGCCUCCCCACUCACGGAACUGGCCUCCCCACUCACGGAACUGGCCUCCCCACUCACGGAACCGGCCUCCCCACUCACGGAACCGGCCUCCCCACUCACGGAACCGGCCUCCCCACUCACGGAACCGGCCUCCCCACCCACGGAACCGGCCUCCCCACCCACGGAACUGUCUGCAGCUAAUCCCCUUAUCACUGUACAUGACAGUGACAAGGCAUCCUCUCAGAGCCCCAGUCGCAGUGGCAGGAUGAACCUCUUCUCUCUCAUGCAGUCCAUCAACGAACUGGACGAUGAGGAUCUAAGGAAUGAACAGAUUGCCAACAGUCACCGGCGGUCUCCAGGGCAGCGGAGGCGGAGUCAUGGACGGAAGGGCCUCAUGCAUCAGAGGGCCCAUGUGGACGGUUCACCUGAGCCAAGCAGCCUAUCAGGUCCCAGAAAAUGUGAAGGGGCGGGGCCAAGUAAACCUGAGUCCAGGGAAGGAGAUACCAAGACGAUGGAAGGGCGGUAGAGGGAGAGAAGGGGAGAAUGGAAGGAGAAAGAGAAGCCUAGAGUAGACACUAAUAGGAAGAGAUGAAAUGUUCUGCCUUCUUUCAAGCUAUAAACAUGAAAGUGUCACCCAAAGGUAUUUAUAUACAUCAUACUACUUAAGCCUUGUUCACACUGCAUUUGACCGUUCAGACACCGUUCAGACACAAGUUGCAUGGCCAGGAAUCCGAUUAGUACCUGAUUUCAACCCACCUACGAAGGUGUUUUGAAAUGUGUCUUGAAAUAUGUUUGUCUGUUCCUACUGCAGGAAAAAGAACAGAUUUGAAUCGUAUAUGCAUUUCUUUUAGUUACUUCAAACUGCCAAUGUGAACAAGGCUUUAGACUCCCAACUAGCAUAGCGUUCUACACUGAGUCAUCGGGGCAUGGACACUACAAGCUGUCAGGCGUUCCACAGGGAUGCUGGCAAAUGUUGACUUCAAUCCUCGCCACAGCUGUGUCAAGUUGAGUGUGAAAAACCCAGCAGCGUUGCAGUUCUUGACGCACUCAAACUGGUGCACAUUACACCGUUCAAAUGCACUUAAAUAUUUAGUUUUUCUGAUUUCACCCACUGAAUGGCACACAAACACAAUCCUCGUCUCAAAGCUUAAAAAUCCUUCUUUAACCGGUCUCCUCCCCAUCAUCUACACUGAUUUGAAGUGGUGACAUCAAUAAGGGAUCAUAACUUUCUCCUGGAUUCACCUAGUCAGUCUGUCAUGGAAAGAGGUGUUCCUAAUGUUUUGUACACUCAGUGUAUAAUUUGAUUAUUUAAGUGUCAUUCCUUUUGCACAAUAUUUCAUUUUAGGUUAUUUUAAUGUAUCAAACAAAAACUGUUCCCCAACACAUUUACUCCAUUGGUAGUGAUGGCUCACUUUUUUUUUAUGUCACUGCAGUAUUACGACACCAAUAAUUAUGUGUAUGACCAAAGCUUAGUAUUUCUGGUUAGACUUACCUACUGUCACUGAAGUUGGAAUGUAUGUACAUUAUCAUACCGCAUGUGUAGUGUGCCCUCCCUCCUCUCCUCAUGACCUCUAUGCAAUCAUUAAUUUGUCUUCUCUGAAUUUGAGGCUGCCAGUUCAGGUUGUGUAUUUUAAGUGCCCUUAUUUUAUGGGUUUUCUUUUUACAAACGCACAUACAAGCUAGAUCUUUUUAGAGUUUAUGAAAAUGGCAUGCUGUCUCAAUGAUCCAAAACUUGAAUUUUCUCACUGAGGUUUCAAAAUAGUAAUGUUGAGUGACUGUUUUAAGCUGUGUUAUUAUUCUGGACAAAUUCAUGACCAAUCCAAGGGCACCAGACUGUUUGCCAAUUGUGUUCCUCUGUGCCAAUGAACUUUCUGUCCUUGAGUUUUAGGGCCCAAUUCAAUCAGAUCUGCUUCAGCAGACAGCCGCGUAGCUAAUGUUUUGACGGUGUUGGAGGUGGAACUGCGUUAGAGCUGUCAAAUUCACAAGUGGCUCCCAGCAUGCAGUCGCAUUAAGAAAAAACCCAUGCAGACUUGUUUACAAGUUGGGAAACUGGAAUGUGAGAUGUAAUCCACACUUCGAUUAUGCUGAUUUAGAAAUCCUCAUUUAAUUUUGUUAAAUAAUUUUCAAUUUGAGCGUAAUUAUUUCUAUAUAGCCUUCACGUUCUCAUUCUGAACUUCUAACGUGAGUGCAGCGAAUUUUGUUACAAUGAUGGAGCAGCUGCUCACUGAUUUGACAGUUCCACUCACCUGCGACACCACCAAAACAUCCGCUAAGCGAUUGCCUGCUGUCGCCGGUUAGACGCUUGAACUGAUUGAAUGUAAGCCUUAAUCUAAAGACAACAGAUUUGAGGAUCAUUAGAAAACUUGUACCCUCUUUUAUUUUUUAUUUGUUUAAAUCUUGGGUGUUAAAUCCCUUUAAGUUAUUGGAGAUGUUUCUAUUUCUUUUUUAAAAUAUUCCACUGUCGUUCCACAAAUAGCCUUGCUGUAAGAGUGCCUUGGACGUGGGACGUAAAUAACCAAGUUAUUUCCCGAAUACACAGACCCUGAUUUAAAGUAUUUAUGAUAUCUACGGUAUAUUGCUAUUUCUCCGAGCUGGUGGCUUUUUUUCAUAUUGUUUUUAACGGUUUGUCUUCGUGACCAGCGUGCAUGUUAGCAUGAUUUUGUUCAGGUUACGGUUUUUGUGUCUAUUUUGGACUUUUGAGGUUUUGGCAUUAUGGUGAAAGUUUCUGACCUUUCCUCAGUUAAACUGAAUGGUUCUUCAUGCUGAUUUCUUUAUUGAUCCAUUUUUUUUUUUAAGUCUUCAGCUGGCUGUGUUUUUAUAUUCAUCAUUGAAACAAGUUUCCAACACAUCACCAUCCCAUUGACACUGCCUGAGCCGACCUCUGCUGUACUGCAAUCAAAUCCAUCAAUGACCUGUAUCUGUCAUUGUUCUGGAUAAGUGUUAUCUCCCCCACUGUUUUCAGCACAUUUGUUUACAGCUAUACUGUAUGAGUGAAUAAAUGUUUCAGAGUAA